GCAAGCAGAAGCCCGGUGUCUCCUGCCUGGGAUUAAAAGAAAACGAGUGGAAAUCGGGGGUUGGUUCUGGGCCAGAUGGCUACAGGCGUUUGCGAUUCUGUUGCACUUGGUGAACCCUUUGGUUAGUUAGCGCCAUGUAGCCCACGAUUCCAAAGUUAGUGUGUCACCGGAUGGAGUGAGGGACUGACAGCUGAAUUGAAGACAGUUCUGUUUUCCUGAGUGCUGCUCAGGUAUACUUCUCUCAUGCCUGGUCACCUCCGGCAACCUCACAAGCCCGAGUCGUGAGCGUCUGGAAGAUGGCAAGCCUUUCCUCAGACUUGGAGCGUGUCUCCCUUCCUAUCGAGAAGGACAGUCUUGAACUACCUGUGCCUGCCGGAAGAACCUUCUCCCGGUCUCCCUCUUCUGAUGAGGAUCCCGGCUUGUUUUCCUUUUCUCUGGCAGAGCCUGACCCACCUAGCCCCUUCGUUUCAGGAAACCUUCCCUUUCUAGCUUCAUCCCCGGAGAAGGGGAAGAAACAGGAUGACAGCGACGACUCAGCAGAGCCUGAGAUGCUGUGCAGCGUGGAGCACCCCUGUCAGUUCUUCGCUGAAGCACAGAGACUGCGAGAGCAGAAGCUGCUGCUGGAUGAAGAGGUGUCUGUAGGGGGGCAGGUAUAUGGGGUGCAUCGGGUGAUCUUGGCUGCAAUUAGCAGCCUCUUCCGAGGCAGGCUGCUGAGCGGUGGAGGAGGUCAGCAGCCCAGUUUCAGCCUUGAUGUGACCCCGAGGGGCUGGGAGGCUGCGCUGACCUUUGCCUACGAGGGGGUGCUGGGCCCCGCCUCACAGGACGAAGUGCUGGCUGCUGCAGAGGCGCUGGGAGCACCCCGGGUGAAGAAGGCGGCCCAGCUGAAGGCAGAAGGGCUUGGUAAAGCCAGGGAAAAUGAAAAGAAGCUCAGCCAGGCAGAGGAGCUCAAGGAGAAUCUGCACAGCAUUGAGCGUCUGUAUCGAGAGGGCAUCGGGUGCGACUUGGAGCUGGAGGCAGAGGGCUACCGCCUGCGGGUGCACCGAGUAGCCCUGGCCUGUGGCAGUGAGUUCUUUGGGGCCAUGCUUCUGAGUGGGAUGAGAGAGUCCCAGGGCACAAAGGUGACUCUGCGUACCAUCUCUUCCCAAGACCUGAGACUCCUUGUUUCUUUUGCCUACACUGGAGUUGUUCGAGAAAGAUGGCCAGGAUUGCUCAGAGCUGCCCAGGCUGCUCUGCAAUACCAGAGCUCUUCCUGCCUGGAUUUGUGUCAGAGAGCCUUGGCAGAAAGCCUCUGCCCCGCCCUUUGCCUAGCUUUGUUCCCUAUGAUUGAAGCCCCUGGCUUGGAGAAAGUCUGGGGGAAAGCCCACGAUUACCUCCUCAGUCACCUGCCUGCUGUGGCUUCGUGCCCUACCUUUUCAUCCUUGCCGGUUACCUGCCUGGCUGAGCUCCUGGACAGUGAUGAACUCCAUGUGCAAGAAGAGUUUGAGGCUUUCGCAGCUGCACGGUGUUGGCUGGCUGCCAACCCCGAGACCCACGAGUCAGAGGCCAAGGCGCUGCUGCGAUGUGUUCGCUUUGGCCGCAUGUCUACCAGAGAGCUGCGGAAGGUGCGGGCAGCUGGGCUCCCCCCAUCUCUGCCCCCGGAUCUGCUGUACCAGCUGAUGGUGGAAGCUGAAGUUCCAGGUCAAGAGAGAUGGAGGGAGCCUGACCAAGCCCUGGUGGUGAUUGGUGGGGAUGGGCUUAGACCUGACAUGGACCGAAGACAGCCAUCAUGCAAAGUGUGGUGGGCCCGGGCAUUUCACUGUGGCAUGGGUCUGGUACGAACUGUGGAGUGGUGCCAGCUGCCUAAUUUGCCUGCCCCAGGGCGCUUUCGGCACGGAGCUGCGACCCUAACAGGAAGUGAACUCUAUGUGUGUGGGGGACAGGAUUUCUACAGCCACAACAGCACUCUGGCUUCAACUCUCAGGUGGAGUUCCAGUCAAGAAGACUGGGAGGAGAUGGCACCUUUGUGCCAGGCUCGGAGCUUCUUCCCUUUGGUGGUAUUUGAUGGACAGCUUUAUGCCCUAGGUGGACGAGACAAUGGUGUUGCCCUUAAUUCUGUUGAGACUUAUAGCCCUGAACUCAAUGUCUGGAGGCCAGCACCUGCUCUUCCAGCUCCAUGCUUUGCCCAUGCAGCUGCUAUCCUUGAGGACCGAUUAUAUGUCAGCGGUGGCUGUAGCGGGACUGGCCAGUACUUGGACUCACUGAUACACUAUGACCCCAAACUUAAGAGGCCUGGGACGCUUCUGAGCCCAAUGGGAGUUGCCCGGGCUAGCCACGUGAUGGCGGCACUGGGUGGGAAGUUGUAUGUGGCAGGUGGAGUAGGGGACACUGGGGACCUACUAAGCUUUGAAGCCUAUGAACCAAAGAGUGAUAGCUGGACUCAGCUGGCAUCCUUGCCCUCCCCCCAUGUGGGGGCUGCGGGUGCCGUGCUACAGGGGGAGCUCCUGGUACUAGGGGGCUACAGCCACCGUACUUACGCCAUCUCCCACCUUGUUCAUGCCUACUGCCCUGGUCUGGACCGCUGGCUAUGCCUGGGGACUCUACCAAGGCCUCGAGCUGAGAUGCCGGCCUGCAUCUUGACAUUGCCCAGUGUGCAGCACAUAGCUUUGGUUCCUACUCAGCAUCAAAACAAACCUGCUGGGUGACUGAGGAUCAGCAGGUUGUGAGGGAGGAAGGGAUAAGCAGUACCACGACAAAAGGACAGAACUUAUGAGAGGAUAAGACAUUCUUACUUGCUUGUUUACUUUUUAAAGUUAUUAUUAUUAGGAAGGUUCUUUAAAUUGUAGCUCUGGCUGGCCUUGAACUUGAUGUGUAGCCUGGGCUGACUUCAAACUCAAAAUCCCCUGGGUGCUAGGAUUGCAUGCUCUACCCCAUCUUGAUUGAGAGGCAUGAUGAUGAUGGUGGUGGUGGUGAUGAUGGCAGUGAUGAUGAUUGACAGGGUCUCUUGUAUCCCAGGCUGGCUUACAACUCCCUAUGUAGUCAAGGAUGACCUUGAGCUCCUGAUCCUACUGCCUCCACCUCGAAAGAGUUGGGAUAGAUAGGCGUG